AUGCAUAUCUCUCCUCAGUUUCUACUUCUUGGGGCGGCGGCACCUGUGGAUACCACCAUCGUAAAGCCAAGGGGAACAUCCACAAUCCCCGAUUAUUUUCAGACUGGCUAUGGUCCAUUUGCUGGUCCGACACAGGCCGGAAGCGCCCCCUUUCUUGCCCAGACAAACCCAGCUCCAUUCGGCAAACAUGCUUAUGUGCCCAAUACCCCGGUGGUGACUGAUAUACCUAUCAUCGGAAAGGCCGAUGGUGCUGAAUCAUUCAAACGAAUGGGCAAUAUCUCACCUUACAUGCCAAAUCCCUCAGGAUUCGGGGUUAAAGAAUAUUCACUUCCCCCCGGCACCAAUAUCACACAGAUGCAUAUGGUACAUCGACACGGAUCUCGAUAUCCUACGUCUAGCGCCUCUGUGGCUACUCUUCCAAACCGCAUAGCGGAACUUCUAAGCAACGGGACUCGCUUCACUGGCAACUUAGAGUUCCUCAAUAGUUGGGAAUAUCAACUUGGAAGAGAAGAACUGACCGCUCUUGGGCGCCAACAGCUCUUUGACAGCGGUGUGCUUAAUUGGUUCAACUAUGGAGGACUUUAUGAUCCAUCUUCGCCACUUAUCGCCCGUACGUGCACCCAAGUGCGAAUGUUGCAGUCAGCCGAAAAUUUCCUGAAUGGCUUCUUCGGCCCUCGAUAUGCGGAAAACGUCACUUUGGAGGUCAUUAUCGAAGAAACUGGAUUCAAAAAUCCUCUGGCCGGUAACAAGGCAUGCCCAAAUAACAACAACGAUCGGUCAGCCGGCGGAGAUUGGGCAAGUGUCCAAUGGCAGAAUAAAUACCUGAAGCAUGCAACAGACCGAUUCCGUCGGUCGAUGACGGGCAACCCAAACUGGACAAUCGAGGACACGUAUCUUGUCCAGACAAUGUGUCCAUAUGAGACAGUUGGCUUGGGGUACAGCCCUUUUUGCUCUCUCUUUACCGAGGACGAGUGGUCAGGCUUUGAGUAUAGCUUUGCACUAAGCUAUUACGGAGGAAACGGAUUUGGGUCUCCCACCGGACGGGCAGUGGGUGUGGGCUACGUUGAAGAGCUCGUCGCCCGACUGCAGCACCGCUACCCUCAACCCGACGAGGGCUUUGCCGCCAUCAAUGAAACACUAGACACCAACCCUACAACAUUCCCUCUAAACCAGAACUUGUACUUGGACUUCAGUCACGAUACCACCAUGUUCUCGAUGUUGACGGCGCUAGGCCUCACACAGUUUGAGCAGUUCCUUCCUACCUCCGGUCCGCCGCCAAAUCACCAACUGAUUGUUAGCCACAUUGUUCCGUUCGCAGCCCGCUUCAAUAUUGAGGUUAUCAAAGCGCCGCGGCCUGUACGUGCGAAGCGCUCAAAGGAUCCUCGGGAUUCCGCGUAUGAGUCUAAGGGGGGCGAAACAACCUAUGUGCAUAUGUUGAUCAAUCAGAGGACGAUUCCUCUCGGACGCAGUAUCCCAAAGUGUGGGAAGCGAGAUGAUGGAUGGUGCGAGCUUCAGACGUUUAUCAAAGCCCAGAAGGACAACAUUGUGAAGGCGAAGUAUGAGGAGAGUUGUUUCGGCAACUAUUCAGUCCCGGCGUACGGGGACAUCACGACGGGUGCAAUCUAA